AUGGGAGACAGGAACCAAUCGCAUGGGCCAUCAUCUUUUAAGGGUAUCAUCAGGAAAUACGUUGCUGAUUUGCCCCAACGUCCAUCUGAUGGAAUGAAAAACAUAGAUGCCCAGGAAUUUUUGGCCUUUAUGAUCAAUGAAAUGCAUGAAGAGACUAUCGUCGAACCAAAUGAUCCCUUUUUGGAGAUUGUCCAGCCAUUCCUUGUGCUCCACCUUAACAUCAGUCCCAGCAGUGUGCACACCAUUGAGGACUCGCUGAGAUUACAUUUUGGAACUAAAAACAAUGAAGGAUACAGAUCGUCUGAGGACUAUGCGGACAAAAACAGCGCCGGCAAAUCAACGAAGAUUGAAAAACUUCCCAGGAUUUUAAUAUUGCAUCUUAUGCGUUUCAGCUUUGAGAAUUCUGGUUCUGGAUUUGUUAAGUUUGAUAAACCAGUUAAAUUCCCGUCGGAUUUGGAGAUUGAAAAUGAUCUUCUCGCCACCCCACACAAAGAUCAAAGAAUCUUUGUAUGA